AUGAGUAUAACAACUAAUUCAUUGAAAUCUUUAAAGUUCACUAAUUCAGAAUUAGAAAAUAUUUUAGAAAAUUUUGGAGACGGUUCUUAUCCAACAUAUAUGCAGAAUGUGAAAGAGUUUUCCAGAUUGUUGAAUGAAUUUAAAUAUAACGGACCAAUUACUAAAAAGGCUAUAAUGAGAUAUUUAUAUCCCAAAAAAGUUGAAAAACAGGAGAAUAUUCCUCUUUAUGGUCCAGAGGACCUGGGCUCAGAGAGCCUUGAAACACCUCCUGAAUAUUUUGAAGAAAAAAUUAAACAAGAUGAAUAUUAUAACGAUGAGAUUGAGAAAUUGGAACAAUUAAGAAAUGAAAUAGAUGAAAGAAUUAGUGAAUUGAGAAAUGCUGAGAAUGAAGUAGAGGGUUUAAUGAAUAUCCCAGCUUCAGAAUCAGAAGUUCAAAAAUCACAUGAGGAAAGAUAUAAAAAUUACUUUUUGGAAUCUACUAAAAAUUUAUUAGAUGGUGAUAUUGACGAAACACUUUCAGAAGAAGGCACAAAAUUUAUUCAUAAACAUAAGCUUCAGUUUAUUGACGAUGGAGAUUAUCCAUGUAUAUUACUUUCACCUCCUCUUGAUUCUGAAAAAUUCAAAAAAGCACUGA